AUGACGCCUUCGGAAACGAGCAGAGCUGAAACAGUCACUUCGGGCAGAGUGGAUCGUGCCGUCAGCCUCGAGGAAUACGACAACCGGUCGCCUCCCAUGCUAACAUGCACCAAUAGCAAGUCGACAUGGCAGAAGCAGCCUCAAUCCCCCCAAUCGAAGUCAGCCAACCAACUAGACCGACUAGCAGACAGGCUGGACCGAAUGAAAAUGCAGUUGAAAAAGGAGCGCAGCCAGAUCGCCCAAGCUAUGAUUGAUAGACAUGAAGCAAUCGAAAAGCAAGAGCGUUCCCUCCUCCUCCUCUCAACAGAAUUGGAGCGUCUUCGGCAGGCUCAGGAGCAGCAGAAGCAGACGCAUCAACAGCCGCCCAGUCACCAGCAUCCUCCUCAGGUGAGCCGGCCCACAAAAGAGGGACGUUCGGCAUCCUCUAUCCCCAGCCUUUGUCACCACCCGGACUCAGUCGGUUCGGAUAGUCUGCCGUUGUCGUUGACAAACGGAGCUAGCAAUCACUGUACCGAGGCGGUCGGCUGCGCUUUGCCCAUCUUCAUGGCGAAGAUAGGCCACUUUUCCCCCUCCUCCUCAAGCCUGACCAGUCUGACCGACUGCCCACAUCCGGCCAGUCCGCCCCCCUCGUGU